GGAAGAGGAAGAGGAGGAAGAGGGGGGCGCCGACGACGGGGAAGCCGAGGAGGAGCCGGAGGAGGAGGAGGAGGAGGAGGAUUUGAUCGAUGGCUUCGCCAUCGCCAGCUUCGCCAGCCUCGAGGCCUUGCAGAAGGAUGCAUCGCUGCAGCCCCCGGAGCGGCUGGAACAUCGGCUGAAGCAUUCUGGGAAACGGAAGAGGGGGGGCUCCAGCGGGGCCACCGGGGAGCCCGGGGACAGCUCGGAUCGGGAGCCCGGCCGGCCCCCUGGGGAUCGGCCCCGCAAAUGGCCCAAUAAGCGGAGAAGGAAAGAGGCCUUCUCCCGGCACUCCGUGGAAGCUGGAUACAUAUGUGAUGCAGAAAGUGAUCUGGACGAGAGGGUCUCGGAUGAUGACCUCGAUCCGUCCUUUACUGUCUCAACCAGCAAAGCCUCGGGCCCCCACGGCACCUUCAACGGGAACUGUGAAGCAAAACUCUCCGUGGUCCCUAAAGUGUCGGGCCUGGAGCGGAGCCAGGAACAGCCCCCAGGGCCCGACCCGCUGCUAGUGCCUUUCCCCCCAAAGGAGCCACCGCCUCCACCGGCCCCUCGGCCUCCUGUCUCACCCCCUGCACCCUUGCCAGCCACCCCCAGCCUGCCGCCCCCGCCCCAGCCCCAGCUGCAGCUUCGGGUCUCGCCCUUCGGCCUCCGCACUUCUCCCUACGGCAGCAGCCUGGACCUCAGCACUGGCAGCUCUUCACGGCCGCCCCCCAAGGCCCCGGCCCCUCCCGCGGCUCAGCCUCCCCCCUCAUCAUCCUCUUCGUCCUCCUCCUCCUCAUCUGCCUCUUCCUCGUCCACGCAGCUCACCCACCGGCCCCCGACGCCCUCACUCCCGCUGCCUUUGUCCGCCCACGGCUUUCCCCCCCCUGGGCUGCGGCCCCCACCCCCCCCCCCCACCCCCUCCUUGUUCUCCCCUGGCCCCGCCCUGCCCCCACCCCCACCCCUGCUGCAGGUGCCAGGGCACCCUGGGGCCUCAGCUGCUAACGCCCUUUCUGAGCAGGACCUGAUCGGCCAGGACCUGAACUCUCGCUACCUGAAUGCCCAGGGUGGCCCUGAGGUGGUGGGGGCAGGGGGCUCAGCCCGGCCCCUGGCCUUCCAGUUCCACCAGCACAACCACCAGCACCAGCACACCCACCAGCACACCCACCAGCACUUCACCCCUUACCCCCCGGGCCUGCUGCCGCCCCACGGCCCCCACAUGUUUGAGAAAUACCCAGGAAAGAUGGAAGGCCUUUUCCGACAUAAUCCGUACUCGGCCUUCCCUCCCGCAGUGCCCGGGCUCCCUCCGGGCCUCCCGCCGGCUGUCUCCUUUGGCUCCCUGCAGGGGGCCUUCCAGCCCAAGAGCACGAACCCUGAGCCACCGCCACGACUGGGGCCAGUGCCGAGCGGGCUCCCCCAGAAGGGGACACAGAUCCCUGACCAUUUCCGGCCACCUUUGAGGAAGCCAGGGAAAUGGUGUGCCAUGCACGUGCGCUUGGCUUACAUGAUCCUGAGACACCAGGAAAAGAUGAAGGGUGAUUCCCACAAGCUUGACUUUCGGAACGACCUCCUGCCCUGCCUUCCGGGGCCCUAUGGGGCCCUGCCCCCUGGGCAGGAGCUGUCCCACCCGGCCUCCCUCUUCACUGCGACUGGUGCCGUCCACGCUGCAGCCAACCCUUUCACAGCAGCUCCCGGGGCCCACGGACCCUUCCUGAGCCCCAGCACCCACAUUGAUCCCUUUGGGCGUCCCACAAGCUUCGCCUCCUUGGCUGCCCUCUCCAACGGGGCCUUUGGAGGCCUGGGCAGCCCCACAUUCAACUCCGGCGCCGUCUUUGCCCAGAAAGAAAGCCCAGGGGCCCCAGCAGCCUUCGCCUCCCCGCCGGACCCCUGGGGCCGCCUGCACCGCAGCCCUCUGGCCUUCCCCGCCUGGGUGCGGCCCCCUGAGGCCGCGCGGAC